UUGGAAUAGGACCAACAUUUCCCGCUUCUACCUCUUGGCCUCGGCUUGGUCCCAUGGCGACCAUGGACCGAGAAGCAUUCGCCGAAUAUUUGGAUAGUAGUUGGCUCGACUUCCGCCAGCGACUCCUGGCGGUCUAUCCGGAGGCCUCCGUCGCUUCCGUCUCCGCAGCUUCCGGCGGUUCCAGCGGAUUCUAUGACUCAGAAUUCUAUUCGCGCGGAAUUUUGGAAAACUCCUCCUCGGACUAUGAUCCAAGCGAUCCAAACACUAGCACCGGUAGUUUGGCCCCCGCACAGGAGAAGGAGUUCAGUGUAGGGAGCCGGAUGUACAGUGAUGAAGACGAAGAAAAUGAACGCGGCGGCCACGACCCCGAGAGCAACGAGCUCUUGGCCGGCGCCCUGGCGGAUCGCAGCAAGGAACAGGUCGAGGCUGCACGCAAUCGACUGCGCUUGCGGCUGGGGGCCACGUCCUCCAACAAACUGGUGUCGGGGAAGCGACUGCUGGAAGCCGUGCAGUCCUUGGGUUUGACGAAAUACACUGAAGAGGACAUGAAUGGCUUUGUGAACCAACUGGCCGACUGGAUCAACUUGACAUUCGAAGGGGAGGACAAGACCAAGAACUCCAAGAGCGGUCGGAAAUCAAAGCGGCGAAACACCUUUGAGAACAGCCUCAAUCUGGGGAUUUUCUCGUUUCAGGGAAUGCCCACGACGGAGACCAAGAAACUCGGGAAGCCAAAGUGGAGCUACCCACAGGACCAGUCCAUCGACAGGGGACGCAGUAGUUUUGGGAGCAAGCCCAUCACCCCUCACAUGUACGAAGUGCGCGAGGAGAGAUGUCACUACAACGUGGUCCCAGCACAACCACUGGUAGAUGUGUUUUUGGCAACGGAGGAGGAGGCAAUGAAAAAGGUCUUUGGUGCUGCACAUUUCAAGCAGUAUCAAGCGAUGCGGGAGAUUUUGCUGCUCGUUGAGUCCGUGGAACUGCAGCCGGAUUCUAGGGCACCCCGUUUUUGGCCUCCACCUGACCCUUCAGAAGGCUCAUUGGAUGAUGAUGGCCAUGAAAGGCAUGCUGAGUCUGAGCAUCCUACGGAAGAUCCUGUGGUUGAUCCAGAUUUGCAGCGGCCUCGCAGGAGAAGACGCCGGAAAAGACCUGAUGUAGAACAAUCACCUCAGUCAGAUCGCAGUUCUCAGUGUUCGGAACUAAGUCAGCGUUCCGGUGAACUCCUUGGUGACCUCAACCGCAGUUUGAAUGACUUGGUAACGACCCUGAAGAAUGCGAAUGUACCGAACCUAAAGACUAACACUAACAAUGCAGAUGGAUCCUCGUCUCAGGACAGCUGGAACAGCCGAAAAGGGCCUGAGCGUGGACUUCGUUUUCGAUCAGGAGCACCACCAGCUCCACCUGCCUGGCGCUAUUCCAGAGAUGAUAUCAGGAGCUUUGCAAAGUGGCAGAACAAACUGCAGGUUUGGAAGCGACAGAUCCAAGCCUACAUGCCUCUGCGUGAUGCGGCACUGAUGUUAUAUACGAGUCUUUCUGGUGAGCCGGAGGAGGAGUUGGAGCACAUCGACUUGGAUCGUUUGCAUUCAUCUACAGGCAUUGACUAUGUGGAGAGUUUGUUGAAGAAAGGCCUGGAGACCAAGAUGGUGUACCAGAAAAGGAAGUUGAUGUCAGAGUUUGAGACCAUUGUGAGACAGAGCAAUGAGUCUAUGAGAGCUUUUGUGAACCGAUACAGAAGAGCUGAACGAGCCCUUGAGAGUGUCGGUGUCACUGCAAGUGGCAUGUACGACAGUGAGUCAAUGGGCAAUAGGCUGUUGGAGAGAUCUCGGCUGUCGCCUGAAAACGGCAGAUUGGUUUUGAUUGGAUCGGCCUUCAACUUGUCCUUCGAAGCCAUUGCUGAAAGUCUUUGCAUGUCGUUUCCAGAGCACAAGCCGCCGCCACCUUUGUUUGGAAAAGAUGGACAGCCUAUCAAAGCCUUUCAGCCAAGGCGUGACUGGUCAUCUUCAUCUUCUUCGACCUCUGCCAGCACCAGCUCAGCUGCCUCACAGUCUUCCAAAGGAAACAAGGGCAAAAGCAAGGGCUCUGGCAAGAGUGGUUUUGCUCCUCGCCAUGCUUUUGCGACUGAGCAUCAGGAUCUUGAUCCGGUCGAAGAAGAACAAAAAGAGCCAGAUGCUGAAUCGUACUAUGAUGUUCAAGAUGCAGUUGAACCAGAUGGUCAGCCUCAGCAGGAUGAGCCAGCUGAGGAACAUGAUGUUGAUGGAGAAGCAGAAUCUGAAGGUGUUGAUUUGCAGUCAGUUGCUGAAGUGCUGACUGUCACAGCCAAGAAACUUCAGUCGAUCACUUUGGGGAGAAAGUACUCUGGCAAUCGGUCAAUUCAGGACCGGAAACGCACCAGCCACUGCAGCGCUUGUGGAAGUGUAGGGCACUGGGCCGGAGAUGCAGAAUGUACUGUUUCAUCAAAAGGUGCUGGGAAAGGACAUUCAAAGGAUGGAAAAUCCCAGCCUGACAAGGGCGGCAAGCCUGCGAAAAAGGUUUUCUUCACCAUGUCUCAAGAUCAAGAUUCUGAGCCUCGACAUCUCCCAACUGAUCAUCCUGAAGCACUCAUUUUGGCAGUGCUCAACUUGGAGCUCAUGACCCUUCGAUGGAUGUCUCGAAUGGUUAAAGUGGGAUUGGCGAGCUACGUAUGGUUGACACUGAGGGAGCGAUGGGAGAUGCGACAAGAACAAGAGGUACUGGCUUCACAGAUGAGGUCAAUGCUGGGAGGACAUUGGGCUCGCACAAUCGGCAAGCUCUUCUUUGCCGCAGCCCUCACCUUCAAACACUUUGCCGGCAUCCUCGACGUCGAGGAGAUUCCUCAACAUGUUCUGGACGACCUCAACCUGCUCACGGCCGAGAACAUCCAUCAGAUCCACCAAGUUCAUUAUCAACGACUUUUGAACAUGGCCGCAGAGGGCCCACCCAAUCCAGAGUUGGAGAUGGAGUGGCAGGAGACAGGCAGUCAGGAAGAUCUGUACGACUGGGGCGAGGCUCGACAUGCCUUGCAGGUGGAAGCAGACACCUAUGAAGCUUUGGCGAACAAACAUCGCUAUUCCAGGAACAAGGUCGACAUUCUGGAGACCUUUGCCGGCAAUGCUUUGAUAAGCAAGAAUGCCUCCAAGUAUGGUUUGACAGCAGCCAUGCCAUUGGACUAUAACACUGGCACUGAUCUUUCUACGGUGGAAGGCAAGAAUUCAAAAGGUGAACCCAUUAAGAAGACCUUCCAGUUUGCAUCCAACAAUCCCAUGCUCUUGGAGUUUUUGACAAAGAAGUUGAGCGCCGAGCAGCUUGCUUUGUGCGUUCCCCUGGAAGGCAAAGAGGUUACCUUGUCACAGCAUUAUCCCAUGGGUCUAGUCCAGGCAAUUCUCAAGGGCAUCAAGAAGGUGGCUCAGUUGAGAAACCCAUGCCGUUUCCAGCCCAAGCAAGUCCUGGCUAGUUUUUCCAUGCCCGUGGAUGACCAACAGAGCUGGAGGAACGUGAUGGAGUUGGCAUCUCAGCAUAUGGACUUUUUGACUUCGCGAGAUGCCAUCAUCCAACCUCACGAACCACUAUAUGCUCAAGUUCAAGCAAUGCUUCCAUGGCAGCUCACUCGGGUGCAGGUCGCUCGAAGACCUUUGGUGAAUCGACAUCCAUUGCAUUUUCCAUACACCCACCGAGGCGCAGCUCUCAGGUACGUGGACAAUCCUGAAGUUGAUGUCAUCACUGAGGACUUGACUGAACUCAGAUUUCCACGUUCACGCUUCAAGGCACCUGUUGAGCUGGGCAUCUUCUGGUAUGGGUACCCCAAUGAGACUGAUGAGGAACAAGGUAUCCCAGCCGAAGAGGCCAUGAUGCGAGAUGGAGUUCCUGUGGAUGAGGCAGGCAAUUUUCAGCCAUCUCAAGCUUCACAACCAAUUCAGAACUCCGAGAUUUACCAUGAUGAAAUCACUUUUCCCAACUCCACAGGCAUCGACAGAUCCAUCAAGGUGUCGGUGUCGAGAAUGCACAAGAACCUUGGACAUCUUCCAGGUCCAGAGAUGCUGAAGCUGCUGGCUUUGAAUGGCAUCACCAGUGACCAGGUGAUCAAAUGCAUCAAAAAUAUGCAGUGUGCAGCUUGCGCUCGCUCACGAGCUCCACUUCGACCAAACCCAGCAGCGGCACCUCCACAGUGCAUUGGGCAAUUUGCUGACAACCUCCAGGCGGACAUCUUCUACCUGAGAGAUUUGACUUCGAAGAACCAUCCGGUUCUUGGGGUGAUUUGCGAAGCAACUCAUUUGCAUGCUGCCACAAGGUUGACUUCCAGGAAUCCAUCUGAGGUUUUUGAGGCACUUCGACUUUGCUGGCUUCAGAAUUUUGGAUUUCCUUUGAGGCUUGCAGUUGAUGAUGAUGGCGCCUUCAAAGCUGAGUUUGACGAAAAGAUGAGCGCAGGUGGCGCCUAUCUAGAUGUCAUCCCAGGAGAAGCUCACUACAAGUUGGGCGUGAUCGAGCGUCACAAUGGAACGCUUAGAAUGCUCCUGGAGCGCAUCGUCGACUCCAUGCCUUGUACCGAUGCGGAUGACAUUGACUUGGCCAUUGUUUCAGCACUUCAGGCCAAGAACUCAGCCACUUGGUCAUCUGGGCGACCACCAUACAUCGCAGCCUUUGGAAAGAUCCCAAGAGUUGGCACAGACCUUUUGAGCGAUCCUCGGGCUUUGAUUUCUGGCUCGUCUCGCUCUGAGGCUCAGCAGCAAUCUGCCCUGAUGAGAUGCGAAGCGUUGAAAGCAAUUGCAGAGGCCUCAGCAUCUUCGACUUUGAGAAGGGCAUUGCUUCGCAAAACUUCACAGCAGCUGCAGCUUGAGCCCCAGCCAGGAUCCCUCUUGGCAUACUGGCGAUGGACUACACGUUCUCAUCGCAAACGUGGAGGAUACCGCAUUGCGCGGUAUUUGGGGAAAGAUCCAGAUGGCAAAACUCUGUGGCUUCAAAGUGGCAGUCAUACUGUCAAAGUUGCUGACACCCAAGUUCGAGAUGUCUUCGGCUAUGAGGACUAUGUCCCUGAUCGUCAAGAUCUUCAAGCUCUCAAGAAUGCGGAGGACAACAUCAGGUCAGAUUUGUGGACUGACGAGACCCUUCCAGAAGAAGUUCAUCCACCUGACCAAGUCGCUGAAGCUUCUGGGGAAUUGGACUUGGACUUUGAGUACCCAGAAGUGAAUGCGCCAAUUGCUCCUCAGCUUGAAGCAGUCGAAGCCCCAUCUACGUCCAAUCUUCAAGUCAGAUACAAAGCAGACAAGCAGAACUUACACACCCACCUGACAGACACGCCAACACCGCCAGAGCAUCCACAGAUGCGGCACCAUACGCACACAGCAGCCAUGCCACCUCUACCACAGCCACAUCUACACCCAUCCAUACGUACAGCACAACAACAAACUGAUCCCAACAUUCAGCCAGCUGUGGAUCUCACAGAUGAUUUGGAUGAUCCGGGACAAUUUGUUCCACGGACUCCGCCAGAACUGAUGGAAGAUGCACAGCAAGCAGCACAGGAUCCCUAUCAGGAUCAAAUUGAAGCAACAUCAGUCUUGAAGCGGCCAUUUGAAACCCUGGCAGCACAACUCACACGAGCCAGAAGAGUUGCACAGAAGUCCUACGAGCUCUACAACUACCGCAGCUUCUAUGGGCCACCUCUUCAAGGCUUACGCUGCUGGGCAAGGCUUGAUUUGCUCACCAAAUCGCCCAAGAAGACAAUGUCCACUGGACCACCCAUGUCUUCAGUGAAAUGGAGGCGCACUUUGGACGCCACAUCGGGCGACAUCAUUUUUGAAGGUCCCUUCAACGACAAUGACGAUGAAGAGGCCCAUCACUUUGGAUCAGAGUUGAGCACCCUGACGGAACUAUGGCAUGUUGGUGCGAAACAAGCUCCCAGCUUCUUUGCGAGCGAUCGUGAGCUCAACUCCUUUGAGCCUGGAUGGGAUGGCAGCCCUGACAAUUGCUUCCCAAGCUCUUCCAAAACCUUCAUCACUGCCUAUGUCAACGAGCUUGCGGAGAAAGAAGGCGACUUUGAAACGACACUUUCAGAGUCAGAUGAAGAGUUUGAUGACAUGUCGAAAGGCAUGCCUAGAAAAACCAGGAAAGAGCAAAAGGCUCAGGAGAAAGAACUUAGCUGGCGAGAAAUCAUGCAGCAGUCUGACGACUAUAUCCAAGCCUUUGUCGAAGCCACCAUCAAGGAGGCAAACAGCUUCACCACUUGGAAGUCCCUGCAGCCGAUUCCUGAAGAUGAAGCUCGGCGCAUCCUGAAUGACCCGAAGUUGAAGAAGCGCAUCAUCACUUCCAGGGGAUGCUACCGGGACAAGAACAAGAAUGUUCCACCGCUGAAGGCUAAGACCAGAAUAGUCUGUCGUGGCAACCAAGACCCUGACCUAGUCAAUUUGACGAGACAGGCUCCAACUCCUACGAGGACUUCAGAGAUGUUGGUGUACAUCAUCUUUGUUUCUGGCGCCAAUUCAAAGGCUUUUGGAAGUCGAGAUGUUUGGCUUCUUUGGUGCGGAGACGCUUCCACUGCGUUUCUCCAAGGGGAUCCAGAUUGGUCAGAACGAGCAGGCAAGCUGUAUCUGAAACCUCCAAGGGAUCCCAUAGUCGAAAGAGCCAAAGUUUUCAAAAGUCAGCUGUAUGAGAUAACUGGAAAUAUAUAUGGACUUUCAAAUGCCCCAUAUACUUGGGCUGUUGAAGUGAGCCGCAGAUUGGAAGCAAUAGGCUUUAUUUGUCAUUCUUUUGACAAAAUGUUGUUUUGGUUCCCUGAUCCUCACAACGCUCCUGCACCUUGCGCUUUGCUGAUCUGCUAUGUGGAUGAUUUUCUGCUGACUCACAACUCCAGCUUCCCCUUUGAGAAGUUCCAAGCCAGCUUCAAAUGGGGAUCCCAGCAGUAUGCGCAGCCCGGAGCACCUCUCACGUUCAAGGGCAAAGAGAUCCAUAUAUGUCAUGACGAGAAGAACGAGCUCUAUGUCAAGAUCACUCAGACUACAUUCAUCAACAGUCUGGACAAGGGCAUGAAAAUUCCGAAAGGUAAGAUGAAUGCGAAGAUCUCUGAUGAGCAUUGGCCUGAGUUUCGGUCAGUGAGCGGAUGUCUUCAAUGGUUGGCAGGACAAUGCAGGCUUGACUUAGCCAGCGCAGUUUCCUUGUCAAAUCGUGGGUCUGAGACGACCUAUGCUGAUUUGGAUGCCCUCAACCAGACCUUGGACUUUGCGAAGUCAACUGCAGAACUUGGCAUUUGCAUCCGAGCUGUCCCCAUUGAUCAGAGCACUGUGAUUGUUGGGUACAGUGAUGCAUCCUGGGCGAACGCACAGGGAUCUGCCAGCCAACAUGGACAGAUCAUCAUGUUGACCUCUGCGAAUGUCACUGAGUGCACUUCAAUUGGAGCCAUUGCAGACUGGAAGACUGGCAGAAGCAAGAGAGUUUGCCGUUCUACUCUGGCAGCUGAAGCAGUGAGCGCUGACACUGCGACCGAUCGGUUAGCAGGUGACACCAAUCGCUUAGUGGCGGAACUGACAUUCGUUCGAAUCAACGACUUAGCCGCACCGCCCGAGCCAGUGCAUCCGCUGACGUACAUCGAACCCGUCGUGGCCUUGCUGAUUGUUGGCAACGGUGUGAUGAUUGGUUUCCAGUCGGAUCCCGGCUACGAGAAUUGGCACGGCUGGCCCUUCCUGGAAUUAGGUUUCGCCUGCCUGCUGAUUCUCGAGGUUUUGCUGCGGAUGCAUUGGCUCAAAUGCGCUCGAUAUUGGUGCGGACCUGAUAGAAUCUGGAAUUGGUUCGAUCUGUUCUUGGUCGCCGUUGGCAUUUCGGACUUCUGCUUGCAGCUCUUUGGAACCGAUGCGAGUAUUCAACACGCAUCCCUUCUUCGGUUCUGUCGUUUGAUCCGCCUGGUGCGCAUCGUCAAAGUCUUCCGGAUCCGCAUCAUGCGAGACCUGCGUUUGAUGGUGAAAGGACUCAUCGCGGGUAUUCGAACGCUCUUCCUGGCCUUCAUCCUUCUCUUCGCGGUGUUGUACGUCAUGUCUGGCUUCGCCACCUUGACGAUUGGAAACAGUGAAACUGCAGAAAAACUGGGCCUCACAGAAUACUUCUACAACAUUCCUCGCUCGAUGUUCACCGCCUUCCGUUGCUUCACAGGAGAGCGUGUGAAUGAAGCCGGUCAGCCCAUCCACUACAUGUUGGCCGCCGAGUUUGGUUCUCCAUUUGUUUUGGCCUAUGUGGCCAGCUACAUGUUAGUCACCAUGGGAAUUUUCAAUGUGAUCUUGGCAGUCUACGUGGAUAUCACCAUGAAGGCCGCCAAGGAGACGGACGCUGUCACGGCGGAGCAGUAUUCCAGAGAAUCAAUCAGGAUAGCACGGACAACUCGCGAGUUGCUCAAGAAGUUUUCUUUGGCGCAUCGUGUGUAUCACCUCAAUGAGGGAGAGGAAGAGGAAGAAGACAAGGCUGAGGCUGAGGAAUCGACCAGAACCAAGCUGGCAAAGAUGAAGACAACCACCAUGUUUGAGGAAGAUGGAAUGCAUGAAAAGAUCGCCAUCUCUAAGAAGUUGUUCUUACUGGUGGUCCAAGACCAAACCGUCCAGGCACUCAUGGACGAGUUAGAUUUGCCGCCGGAUCGUGCCAACCUGUUUGAGAUCAUUGACGCUGAUGGUUCGGGAACUCUACAAAUUACAGAGUUGCUCCAUGGUUUGCUGAAGAUUCGUGGCGAGAUCAACAAGAGUGACGCAGUGGCAUCUCUACUGGCCACCAGGGCCGUACAACAUCAGGUGGCGGAAUUGCAGGAGAGGAACCAAGUAGAGCUGGCCUUGAUCCGUCGAGAACUGCAGGAGCAGCGAGACGAACGAUUUCGACUGUUGCCUUUGCCCAAGAUGAAAAAGGAGCAGUCCGGCAGUCGGCCUCGUCGCUCUGCCUCCGCCAAGUCCGAAAGCGCUGUGCCCUCGGCGCCGUCGAGUCCCACGUUGUCGGUGCCCAAGCCGCUGCAGGCUGCAGCCGUUGAACAGACCGAAGCCAUAACGAUACACGCUCCUUUGCCCUAUAUGCGUAUUCUGAAACCGCCUGUGAAGCCCGAGCUCUCAGAGUCCGCGUUGAUUCGAAGCACGUCGUAGAGACGGCGGAAUCUGCGACAGCUCCCUGCAUUUGUGAUUUUUUUGGGCAUUUGUUUGUCUUUUUUUCGAUGG